CUGGCUGGGCGGCAGGCUCGCGCCCGGGCUCGCCCCGCGCUGCGCCGCGCCACAGGCUCGCGCACUCAGCAGGUUGGGCUGCGGUGGCUGCAGCUGUGGAGCUGGAACGCUACGUGUGAGAGGUCCCAGACACGUCUGCGGCUCCGGCUCCGCCACCCUCGCCUCAAUCUCGGUGCCGGGUGCUGAGAGGGGAACAGCUCUAGCCUCGGGACCCCCGAGCACACCCCUGGCUGCUUCCGACACCGCCCUCCUUCCUUUCCCAGCUGCGGGCCUCGCUCGGUGCUAGGCGACUCCGAGUAGAGGCGGCGGCGACGGCUGCCUGUCUGUGAGAGGAGCCUUGUUCUCCAGCCUUGCUCCGCUGCCGGGCCCUGCAGGGGCCGAGAGAGCUCGGCGCCGACCCUUCCUCUAUCCUCCCCGUGAACCGGUUGGAGCGGCGUCGGUCUGGGAGGUCUCUGGGCUGAGGCGGCGGCAGCUCCUCCGGCUCCAUCAUGUCCGCGGGCGGAGACUUCGGGAAUCCGCUGAGGAAAUUCAAGCUGGUGUUCCUGGGGGAGCAGAGCGUUGGAAAGACAUCACUGAUUACCAGAUUCAUGUAUGACAGUUUUGACAACACCUAUCAGGCAACAAUUGGUAUUGACUUUUUAUCAAAAACAAUGUACUUAGAGGAUCGAACAAUCAGGCUGCAGCUAUGGGAUACUGCGGGUCAGGAACGUUUCCGUAGCCUCAUUCCCAGUUACAUCCGUGAUUCUGCUGCAGCCGUAGUAGUUUACGAUAUCACAAAUGUUAACUCAUUCCAGCAAACUACAAAGUGGAUUGAUGAUGUCAGAACAGAAAGAGGAAGUGAUGUUAUCAUCAUGCUAGUAGGAAAUAAAACAGAUCUUGCUGACAAGAGGCAAGUGUCAAUUGAGGAAGGAGAGAGGAAAGCCAAAGAGCUGAAUGUUAUGUUUAUUGAAACUAGUGCAAAAGCAGGAUAUAAUGUAAAGCAGCUCUUCCGACGUGUUGCAGCAGCUCUACCUGGAAUGGAAAGCACACAGGACAGAAGCAGAGAAGACAUGAUUGACAUAAAACUGGAAAAGCCUCAGGAGCAACCAGUCAGCGAAGGAGGCUGUUCCUGCUAAUCCCCCAUGGCAUCUUCAACUUUCCUCCAGAAGCUCACUGCUUUGGCCCCCUUACUCUUUCAUUGACUGCAGUGUGAAUAUUGGCUUGAACCUUUUCCCUUCAGUAAUAACGUAUUGCAAUUCAGCAUUGCUGCCUGUCUCUUGGAGAUGAUCUAUUAGCUUCACAAGCACAAAAAAGUCAGUGUCUUCAUUAUUUAUAUUUUACAAAAAGCCAAACAAUUGCAGCAUAUUCCAGUGGUAACUUUAAAAAUUAGAUACAUUUUCUUAACAUUUUUGUUUCCUUUUUAAUGUUAUGAGAAUGUACUUCAAAAUGAUGGAAAUCUCAACAGUAUGUGGCUUGGUUAAGGAGCAGUUGUUCACAGCAGCACUUGCCUACCUACUUGAUCUCUCCCUGCUUUACUUGCUUGUUCUUUACCCCAUUUCCUAUUCCAGUCCUUCCUCCAUCAAAAUAAACAAGAGGGGGCAAAGCAGUAGUCAGACCAAGCCCAUUGGAAUUAUCCUUCAGUUUUAGCAAUACCACUUGUCUCAAGAUAUCCAAAAUUAUUCUUAAGCACUGAUAUAAAUUAGUUAGACCUUAAUUGAGGUCAAAACUCAACUAUCAUGGUAGGCAGUGCUGGAAUAAGGAAAGGGUUCUGGUGUGUCUUCAGAAUGAGUCCUAAUGAACAUACUGAGUACUUAAAAGUAAAUGAACAUAAAAUAUAUUUCUGACCAAAACAAAUGAUUCUUUCACAUGUUAGACUCCGGGAGAGAAAAGUAAAAGUGCUUCAGAACAGGUUUUAAAUAUUUAAUUCUUCUACGAUCUGUUUCUUCCAGGAUUUUAAAUUUGUCAAAAUCGAGUUCUUCUGUUUGUUUAAAAAACAAAACUAAACUUUUUUAGGCAAUAGAUUUCUCUUGGGUUUUCUUUUUCUGUCUUCCUUUUCUUUCUUUCCUUCUUUCUUCCUUCCUUUCUUUCUUCCUUUUUUUUGAAAUGCUGUGCAGGCAAGGCACUGUAGUAAUCAAAUUCCUUUAAGAAGAACCAGUGGAAGAAUUUAAAUUUGGCACUUUGAUCGAAACUACUGUAACUAGUAGAAACAAUGAUAUCUAAACCUUACCAACUAAAGAAUCCUCAAGAGAAUAGCAAAUACUUUGCCCAGGACAAUUGAGGUCAAAUUGAAAGUGGAAACAGUUUUCUUAUAAGCCCUAGAGGCAGAUCUGAAAAAGCAUACAUAGAAGAGGGAAAGGAGAGAAUGAAAAUAAAACUUAAUAUGCAGAUUUAUGCCUUAUUUUUCAGCAUUUUUUUAUGUUCUCUCAAUCCAGUUUUGCUUUUUAUUAGAUCUGUAUAGUUUGCUUAAUUCACUAGUGAUUUAAUUUUAUAUUUAAGCUACAAUUAAUCUUUUUUCUUUGGUGAUAUUUAUUUCUUUGCCUUUUUUAAAACUACUUUCAAUUUUUAGAUAUUUUAUUUAGAGCUUCAUAACAAUGGCAAUAUGUAUUUCCCUUAAAACACUGCAAACAAAUAUACUAGGAGUGCACCAUUUUAAUCUUUACUAGUUAUUGUGAGAUUGCUGUGUAAGUUAAUAAAUACAUUUGUAAAUACAUUGUUUGCAAGAAGAAAAUUUCUGAGUUACAGCUCGGGAAAAGCCUGCUGAAUUUAUGUUGUAAGCAUUACUUAACACAGUAUAAGGAUGAAAAGGCAACAAAAAUAUCUUCAUACUUCCUCAUCCCCUCAUUGCAACAAAACCCUUAACUGGGAGAACCUUAUUCCUUCCCCUCUUCCUCCUCCACUUCCCACUUAUUGUCCAACCUUAUAAUAUUCAGAGAGCACUUGGAUUAUGGGUCUGAAUAGAGAAAUGCUUUCAGAUAAUCAUUAGCCCACAUACCCCAGUAACUUGUACUCAAAGACGGGAUGGAGUUGUAAAGUGCUUUUAUAAUACAAUAUUAUUGUUAAAGGCAAGGGUUGACUCUUUUGUUUUAUUUUGACAUGGCAUGUCCUGAAAUAAAUAUCAAUUCAAUAUGG